GGGCGCAUGAAGCAGUCGUGCCUGCUCCGGCAGUGCACUGCCCCCGUGCUCCCACACACAGCUGUGUGCCUCUUGUGUGGGGAGGCUGGGAAGGAGGACACAGUGGAGGGAGAGGAAGAGAAAUUUGGUUUGAGCCUCAUGGAGUGUACAAUCUGCAACGAGAUCGUCCACCCUGGCUGCCUGAAGAUGGGGAAAGCUGAGGGUGUCAUCAAUGCAGAGAUCCCCAACUGCUGGGAGUGCCCUCGCUGUACCCAGGAAGGCCGGACCAGCAAGGAUUCAGGUGAGGGACCAGGCCGUCGCAGGGCUGACAACGGCGAGGAGGGCGCCAGCCUGGGGAGUGGAUGGAAGCUGACGGAGGAGCCGCCACUUCCACCACCCCCACCCAGGCGCAAGGGCCCCUUACCUGCUGGGCCCCCCCCAGAAGACGUGCCUGGGCCCCCCAAAAGAAAGGAGAGGGAGGCAGGGAAUGAGCCCCCUACCCCAAGGAAAAAGGUGAAAGGAGGCCGAGAGAGGCACCUGAAGAAGAAACCAAAGCCGCCUUUGGCCUCUGCUGAGGGCCCGGCGGUGCCGUCUCCAUCACCACAGAGGGAGAAGCUAGAGCGUUUCAAGCGGAUGUGCCAGCUGCUGGAGCGGGUGCCUGACACGUCCUCGUCCUCAUCGGACUCGGACUCGGACUCGGACUCCCACCUCGGGCCCCGAGAGCUAUGCAUUUGCAUGCGCGUCUGCCGGACUUGGAGCCGCUGGUGCUACGACAAGCGUCUGUGGCCACGAAUGGACCUGAGCCGUCGAAAGUCACUGACCCCGCCCAUGCUUAGUGGUGUGGUUCGACGCCAGCCUCGAGCCCUGGACCUCAGCUGGACAGGUGUCUCCAAGAAGCAGCUCAUGUGGCUUCUGAACCGACUGCAAGGCCUGCAGGAGCUGGUGCUCUCUGGCUGCUCCUGGCUCUCUGUCUCUGCCCUGGGCUCUGCCCCACUGCCAGCCCUGCGGCUUCUGGACCUCCGCUGGAUCGAGGAUGUUAAAGACUCCCAGCUCCGCGAGCUGCUGCUGCCUCCGCCAGACACCAAACCAGGGCAAACGGAGAGCCGAGGGCGGCUGCAGGGAGUAGCAGAGCUGCGCCUGGCAGGCCUGGAGCUGACGGAUGCCUCCUUGCGGCUCCUCCUGCGCCAUGCACCCCAGCUGAGCGCCCUGGACUUGAGCCACUGCGCCCACGUUGGGGAUCCCAGCGUCCACCUCCUCACGGCCCCCACCUCCCCUCUCCGAGAGACCCUGGUCCACCUCAAUCUCGCUGGUUGCCACCGCCUCACGGACCACUGCCUCCCGCUGUUCCGCCGCUGCCCGCGCCUACGCCGCCUAGAUCUACGCUCCUGCCGCCAGCUCUCACCUGAAGCUUGUGCCCGGCUGGCAGCUGCCGGGCCCCCUGGCCCCUUCCGCUGCCCAGAGGAGAAGCUACUUCUCAAGGACAGCUAGUUGGGUGCCCCCCACCCUCCCCCAGGACUCAUCAGGAGCCUGGACCUCAGGCCUUCAUUUCACCCCUGCCGGGAGGCCAGGUUACCCACCUCAUGACUUGGGAUUCCUGAGUUUUAUGACUUAGGAUUUCUGCCCAGAGACUCGAGCCAGCCUCCCCUUCUCUGCCCCCUGCACUGAUAUCUCUGGGGGUCUCUCUUUCCCAUCCCCUCCCCCUUCCACCUGCUUCAUUGUCCAUCCCCUGGGGGGAGUGGGUCAGAGGUACUGGGGGUGCUGAGCCAAAGGGAUGGUGGGAGGGGGGUUGAGGUGCAAGUUUGAGGGAGGGAGAAUGGGGAAAGGGUAUCUGCACACAGGAUACUGGGACCCAGAGGGCUGGGGGAGGUAGAGGAUGGGCUAGGGGGUGGGAGGGUGGGCAGAAAUCAAACCACCAAGGGUUCAGGGAACAAAGACCAGAUACUUGGAGUUGGGGUGGGUGGGGUGGGGGGCCAAAAAGGGAAACCAGAGGAGCAGUUGGGGAUCCAGGUGUCAGAGAUGAGGGGACUCGGGGAACUAGGGGAAAGCCAGGGCUGAGUGAGGGGUGGGGAGCAAGAGCAGGUGUGGGGGUGGUAGUACCCUCUUGGGGUCACUCCUCUUCCUUACUCCCUCCCCAGAUUUCAGUUCCUUCCCCCCAACCCUGACUCCUUGAAAUGUCACUGACAAUGGCAGCUAUUGUGAGGAGUGGGGGCUGCGGGCCUACCUGCUGUUCAGCGCGGCCCUGGGGAGUGGUGAGGGGUACCCCAGCCCCCUACCUGCCUCCCCGCACUAUACUUGAACAUUCAUCUGUACUGAAGUGUUACUUGAACCGGGGUAACCUCGGACCUGGGGGAGCCGGAGCGUGAGGGGACGGGACCAGCUUGGACUGAGACUGGACCGGUGGGCACCCAGUUUGGACUGUACCACCCACCCCCAGGCUCUCUUGCUUUACUGUAUUGAGCAGCUCCACCCGUCCUGACCUGAGGUGGGGUGGGGGGUGUGUCAGCCCAAUGAUGGGGAAGAUGGGACUCCUCCAGCUUGGCUAACCCACUCUUUCAUCGUCAUGGAAACUUGUAUCCCAUUUGCCCAGGGAACUGCCACUCCUGGUUGCCAUGGAAUUAGCAGCCAAUGGACACCUCCCAAAGCCAGUGCUAAGGCUGGAAAUGGCCCCUCUUAGUUGCUAUGGGAACUUAGUAACAGACUGUUGGCCCUCCCCGGCCCCUUCCUCCACUGCGGGGGCGGGAUUUGGGAGUCAGGAGGAGGAGUUGGGGCCAGGUCCCGCUCCUCAGCCCAGGCCUCCCUGGGGAGCCAGGUUGUACCAUGUAGGGGAGGGGGGGAACUCUAUCCACAUACCUCAGGUAACAGGGAGGUGCGAGGGUGGGGGGAGGGACUGGGCGGACCAAAGGCCAGAGGGGUGGGGUCCUGGGGAUCGCGAAAGGCUUGAGGAUGGGGCCGCUUGUGGGAGGAGAAUGAGGCAGUCCGGCGGGGGGCAAAUGGGGGACCCAGCCGGGCUGGGCCCCUGGGCCCCAGGUCUGUACAAUACGGUUUGCUAUAAAACUCAAAAUCUUCCAGCCGGG